AUGCCCCCUCGUGGUAAGGAGAGAACAGUCAAUUUGAUGGAACAAGAGAUGGGCCUUGAGCAUGCCGACGGGAAGAAGGCCAAGCUCGUAGCAGAAGAAGAGAAGGGUGCUCAGAACACAACCGGACUGCUCUCGCUGCCUGUGGAAAUCCUCGAGCAAAUGUGCGAAGACUUGCUCAGUACCUCACGGCUUAUCACGAAGAAGCAGGCGCUGGAAAGCGAGCCCCAUCUGAACGAGGAGCUUGUGUAUAGCACGGACCACGGACGUCUUGCGGCCGCGCUGAGGGUCUCCUGUCUACAGAGAUACUAUGAGCGUGCUCUGGAGGCCUGCGCGAUCCGCGGAUCAAAGUUUUGGUAUCGGCAGCCAGCGGAGAGGCUGGAGAGGACGUCGUGGCUGCCGGUCGAGUGUCCGUAUCUGGCGUGA